AUACAACGAUACCGUUCAUCACUAUCAUUCGCCGAUCGCUCAUCAUUCCUGACUGAAUCACAAACCGCCAUCUUUCUUUUCUCCUAAGUUUGUCGGCUGGAAGAUAUAAUUAUGGGUUCCGUUGAACGUGCUGGUGAUGCGACUUCCGAGCUUGAGUCUGGAGAAGAGGAGGAAAUUGCCGGCGGUGAAUUAGCAGCACACUUACUGAAAAGUGGGCUCACCAGAAAUGAGAUGUUAGCAGCUAUUAGCAACCGCAUACACGCCGAAGCGAUGGCAUCUUUACCCCCAAACGUUCGUCGGCGGAUUCGCGCUUUAAGAUCUCUGCAAAAAGAAUUUGUAGAUAUUGAGGCGAAAUUCUACUCUGAAGUCCACGCCCUUGAGUGCAAGUACGAGAAACUGUACAAGCCGCUGUUCGAGAAGCGGGCUCAAAUUGUAAAUGGUGCAUACGAGCCAACAGACAAUGAGUGUCUAAACCCUUGGCGUGAUGAAAAUGAAGAGGAGGAAUUAGCCCGUAGUGUUCAGAACACUGCCAUCGCCGAUAGUGACGAGAAAAAAGAAGAAAACAAACCAGCUGAACCACCCAUGGAUCCAAAUGUAAAGGGUAUCCCAGACUUCUGGUAUACCAUAUUCAAAAAUGUCUCCAUGCUUUGUGAAAUGAUGCAAGAACACGAUGAACCUAUUAUCAAAUGCCUUCAGGAUAUUAAAGUGCAAAUGCAUGAAGAUCCUAUUGGCUUUACACUCGAGUUCCACUUUGCACCCAAUGAUUACUUCACGGACACCAUUCUCACCAAGGAAUACUCUAUGAAGUGUAAACCUGAUGAAGAAAGUCCCUUGGAAUUUGAAGGACCUGAAAUAUAUUCAUGCAAGGGUUGUGAAAUUAACUGGAAGAAAGGCAAGAAUGUAACAGUGAAGACAAUAAAGAAGAAACAGAAGCACAAGUCCCGAGGCUCGGUCCGUACUGUCACUAAGUCGGUGCAAGCUGACUCUUUCUUCAACUUUUUCUCACCACCAUUGAUGCCCGAUGACCCCAACUCGACCUUAGCUGCAGACACACAGGCGCUCCUAACGGCGGACUUCGAGGUGGGCCACUACAUCCGCGAGCGCGUGGUGUCGCGCGCCGUGCUGCUGUACACGGGCGAGGGGCUGGACGAGGACGACGACGACGACUACGAGGAGGAGGAGGACGACGAGGAAUGUUCGACGGAAGAGAGUGAAGACGAGGCGGUCCCUAAGCGGCGCGGCAAGCGGCCGACCAAAGACGACACGCCGGCCGAGUGCAAGCAACAGUAGCGCCCAGGGUGAAGACUUGGGGCCGUCCAUUAAUCAUGUGAAACACCUGGCUAUCUUGUCUGCCUAGACAUUUGUAUCACGAUUAAAUUUCCAAAACGUAAUCAAAUUAUACCUGUAUUAAAUAUGUGAAAAUUUUAAUUUUGCAUAAAAAGACGAGGGGUUAGAGGGUCAAAAAGUUGAUUAAAACAUCACGUGAUUAAUGGGACGACCCUUGCCAGAACCUUGACACUAACGUACGUCUCGCCACGUCGAAGAACGUUCAUCGGUCGCUAAAUCUGUUCGUAGAGGUCGCUGCCAGCCAUGGUCAUUAUCUGUAAAACGUCGGCCUGACUAUCAGAGUUCGACUCAAGAAAUACAGUGGGGUAAAAAGUAUUUGGACACCGAAUCUUUUAAUAAAAAAAAGGAAUAUUUAUGAAAUAACUUUAUUGAAGGACGAACUAAAGAUGUAAACAAAUUGUCGUCUUUUAAUUAGUGUCGUCGUUACAUAUGAAUACUUUGUUCUUUUCGAAAUCAUUCUCAUAUUUUAAAACGAUGAAAAAUAAAAUAUCGUAAUGUAUUAGUUUUUUUUUUUUUUUUGUUUUUAGUUAAAUAUAAUGAGAAGAAUCUGUAAUAGUUUAUUUCGAUAGAUUAAUCUAUCAUUAAAAGACUAUGUACGAAUACUUUUUAGUCACUGUAUACGAAACUUUCCGGUGUCGCCCGGUGCGUAUUUUUUUAGGAUAAUUUAUUUUAAUCAAUAAAAAAUGGAUAUACUGAGCGUCUUUUAUUUGAAUUAAUAAAAGCAUUGAAGGCUUAUUUUUUUGCAAUAGUGUUGAAACGGUUUUUACAUUUUACCAUCUGUGCAAAGGAGCUCGAAUCCUGAUAAUGAGGCCGAUUAUAUCUAAAGAUACGUCUAUUAGAUAAAAUUUUAAAUUAAACUACAAGUUAAAUUACAAUUUUAUCUUAAAAAUGGCAGAUAUAAUCGAAAAAUGACCUAUAAAAAUGUUUGGGCCGUCAAUGAAUUUGUCAAAUCAAAUUAUGAAUUCGUCUAUUGUCGAUCAUUGCCUAUCCUCCCUGGAACCGCAUCUUGGUGCUAUAUCUAUAUAAUGUACUGACGGGAGUUGGUCAAACAUUUUGAGUUUCACUAAAUAAUUUUGCGACGUUUUGAGGCGUUUUCUCUGUCUCCGUCCUGUCAUGUUAUUUCCCAAUCGAUAAAUUGUAUCCAGUUUCUAUAAGAUUACCAUUUAAAUAUAAGAAAUUUAAACAUUCCUGAUUAAUAUUGAGUUACAGUUCUAUCAUUAAAUCUUUCCGCCUUUUGAUCGAGUUCACGGGACAAGAGCUACUAAUUGAAUUACUGACAGUAUUUACUCCUAAUGUUAUUUUUUCUAUAACGAACAUUAGUUUUAAAUAAUAUUAGCGAGACAAUUGUGAUGUUAUUAAAUGAAUUUGCUGUAAAGUAUGUAAACAGCUGUAACGUUUAACUGUCUCUAAGACUGUACACUAGGUAGUUAUAAAUAAUAAUCAAUUUUAAGCCGAAAUAUUUGUAACACUGCAUAGAAACCAGUGAGCACAAUAAGGUAAAAAACAUAUUAUGAUUGAAAACCAGAAUUAUAAAGCGUUGAGUUAUUAUCGCCUACACAAGCUACUAAGAUGUUUGUACACAUUUUUUAAAAUAAAUUUAGUUUAAAAAUUA